GAGAAGAGACAGGCGGAAUUAGGAAAAGUCACCAGUCCCACUCCCAGAGCAGGUUAUCGUUGAACUACGGAGGAAGGAUAGGCUAUAUUUAUAGAGCUCGGGCUAUGCUGUAAAUUACACUUUUUACAAGGUUUUCAUGUGUACAUAAGCAGCGAAAGUUUAUUUCAGAUAGAGGAAUGUGGCAGAAGAGCAGUUGAUCCAACCAGAUUUUUGUGACGGAGAACAUGGCAAGAAGAACAAGGAUAAUUUUUACAUUUUCUGGUAUAGCACUUGUCAGCCUGCUUCUUCUGGGUGGCUCAGUGGAGACCGCCAGUGAGGUUGACCCAUACACAAUUCUUGGAGUGACCAAAAGUGCUAGCCAAGCUGAAAUCAAGAAAGUUUACAAACGGCUAGCUAGGGAAUGGCAUCCUGAUAAAAACAAAAAUGAAGGGGCCGAAGACAUGUUCAUUAAGAUUACCAAAUCUUACGAGAUCUUAUCCAACGAGGAGAAAAGAGCCAACUACGACCGGUACGGCCAGACUGAUGACACCCAGCCUUAUGGGCGUGGUCACCAUGGUCAUCGCCACGACCAUUUCUACUUUGACGAGUCCUUCUUCCACUUCCCAUUCAACAACAAGGGCAGCCGGGAGUUUGCCGACAGCAAGUACGUUCUGCAUUUCAACCAGUAUGUGAAUGACGUUGUGCCUGACAGCUUCAAGAGGCCGUACCUGAUCAAAAUCACCUCAGACUGGUGCUUCAGCUGCAUCCACAUCGAGCCAGUCUGGAAAGAGGUUGUAAAGGAGCUGGAGGCUUUGGGUGUGGGGAUUGGUGUGGUGGAUGUUGGCUACGAGAGACGUCUGGCCAAUCAUCUUGGUGCUCACCGCACCCCAUCCAUACUGGGGGUCAUCAACGGUAAAGUGGCAUUUUUCCACUAUGCUGUGGUGAAGGAGCACCUAAGGCAGUUUGUGGAGGACCUUCUCCCUCAGAGGCUGGUUGAGAAGGUUACAGACAGGAACAACUUUCAAUUUUUGAACAGCUGGCAUGAGCAGAACAAGCCGCACGUGCUUCUGUUUGACCAAGUGCCCGUAGUCCCACUCUUGUACAAGCUGACUGCAUUUGCCUAUAAGGAUUAUGUUCAGUUUGGGUAUGUGGACCAGGGUCUGUCAGAGACAGCCAACCUACUGAAGCAGUUUAACAUUAACACCUACGCCCCAACCAUGCUGGUCUUUAAAGAAAGUACAGACAAGCCUGCAGACAUUAUACAGGCUAAAGGGAUGAAAAAGCAAAUUAUUGAUGAAUUUAUUCUGAACAACAAGUUUCUUCUUGUCCCUCGAUUGGUGAAUCAGAAGCUGUUUGAUGAACUUUGUCCAGUGAAACAGUUCCACCGACGCAGGAAGUAUUGUGUCCUGCUGAUCACUGGUGACGAGGAGGCCUUUGCUAUAGGGAACCAGGCCUUCCUCUCAUUUGCCUCCGCCAACACUAAAGAAGUUGUGAGAUUUGCCUACAUUUACCAAAGGCUGCAGCAACCACUGUGUGAUACUCUGCUCAAGACCAAGGACAGUACACCGCUCCCAACACCACAGGUGUUGAUCUUGGAGCGUCGAAAUGCGGCAGGUAAAGUCCUGUUCAAGUUGGCAGGUAGUUGGAAUGGUACUGAUGAUGACAAACGACAUCUCUUGGAUGAGCUGGAGAGGCUGCUGAAAGACCCGUCCAUCCUUAACUACGACGCCAUGCUGCCGGAGCUCAACAAUGAGUUUGCCUCUAUGUUUCUUGUUCGAUGGAUAUAUUCAGCUUAUGAUUAUCUCACUGAAAUCAUUGACGAUAUUCUUCACAAUAAUUGGCGUGAGAUGAUGCCACUCCUGUCAUUGAUAUUUUCGGCCUUAUUCAUUUUGUUUGGCACUGUGGUGGUUCAGGCUUUUAGUGAUUCCAGUGAAGAUGGCAAAACCAAAUCAAAGGCCAAAGAUGGAACUAAGGCAGAAAAUGAGUCACCGAGUAGCAGUAACACCUCAAGUCGCCCUCCGAAGAAGAACUUUGUGGAGGUGACGGAGCUGACGGACAUCACCUACAUCAGUAACCUGGUGAAGCUGAGGCCGGGCCACAUGAACGUGGUUCUGGUGCUUACCGACGCCACCAAGAACGUUCUGCUCAGCAAGUUUGCCAAAGAAGUCUACUCUUUUACCGGGAGCCUGACACUACAUUUUUCCUUCCUGAACGUGGACAAGCACAGUGCAUGGAUGGAAACGCUGCUUGAGUUCGCCCAGGACGCCAUGCAGAUAGACACCGACGAGGACGACGGUGCCCGCCAGAAGAUGGACUACACGGGCUACGUCCUGGCGCUCAACGGCCAUAAGAAGUACCUGUGCCUGUUCAGACCCGUUUACACCGGCGAGGACCUCGAUGGGAAGUCUUCUGAGGAGGAGGGGCCUGGGGGAGUCACAGGGGGAGGGAGGAGGUCCAGGUCCAGCUCCAGGGAGGACCACCCACCAAGCAAAGCUAACCCCCGGUCUCGCUCCACCGCCACUCUGCAGAUCCACCAUAAACUGGACCGCCUUGGGCUGUGGAUGGAGAGGCUGUUGGAAGGAACUCUGCCCAGGUACUACAUCCCUGCUUGGCCUGGCCUUGACAAGAUAACAGCCCCGAAAUAGGAAUCCUACCGGAGGGCAUGUCUGGCGUGCAAAACCCUUGUGGGCGUUUGUGUCAAUUAUAUUGAUGUGGAAAAUAUCCAAAAGAAGAUAUGCUCAGAAGUUUUAAUGCAUUGCAUGCACACGUCCCAAGUCAGGAUCCGGGUCAAAACGGUCACGUACUGAAGCAAUCUGUGUCUACAAGCCAAGAUGACUGCUGAAUGUUUUGAGUGCAUGCACUGGAACAUGGUUUGAAGAAAUGAGUUUCAAUAGCAUUGUUGUUUUGGCUGAUUGAGACAACUAGACUACAUUCAUAUGCCCUCAAAACUGUUUGCCUCAUGUUCUGCUUGGAUUAGAGCUGCCUUUUUGCACUUAAUAUAUUUAUUUGUUACAGAAGUAGUUUCUAAAGUAGGAUCAAUAAAUUGUUUUCUGAGUGUACAGAGUGAGUAUUGUGGAUCUGAAUGCAACAACAAUUAAACAAUUCAUGAAUUGCUUUUCCUUUCAAAUCCCUUCAUCUGCAUGCUGUAAUUUCUUAUUUUCUUAUUUCUAAUAUCUGCUGCUGUUACAACCUCUAGAUUAACUAACUGAAUCACUGUGGUAACAAGUUGAUUCCUGCAUUUUCUAAACCAUCAUCCAUCUUAUUCACAUAUUUAGGCCUAAUCUAUCAGAGUGUUCAAUGAAAUUUGCUUCACUGUCUCAAUGGUGAUUGAUUAGUACUGUGAACAGAGAUGCAUGUCUCUACUAGUGUUAUUUUUGUCACCAAAUUUGACCUCAUACAUAAACUAAAUUCCUGAACUGAGAUUUGUCAUUACGCAGAAUACUGUAACUACAAGGCCUUCCGUUUUCCCCUGGCUGCUAAUAUUUCAUGGUCAUCCUUACUCGUUUAGACAGACUAUUAUUGAAAAACAGAUAUAACCUCAUUCUUUUGCCUAUUUUUACACUGCUUGCAAGAUUUUCCUAUUUGUCUAGACAUUUUUUUUCACAACAUCUUGACCAGUGGCUUAAUGUAGCGCUGAAAGUGUACUAUAUGUUGGGGAACUAACAUUUUAUGCAACAUUUAGAUCUAUUUUGAAAAAAAAUAAGGGAAGAGCAAAAAGAAAGGAAAACAAAACAAUUGUGCUUAACCCAAUUUAAUUAACAUUAAACAUUGAUUGUCUUGAUGAAAACAGUUGAUUUGCCACUGAAAAUGUUGUUGUACAUAGUAUAUCUUUGUACUGUGUCGUCUGUACAUUUAAGUUAAACUCCAAUAAAAAAUGUGUUGUUUUUAACAUGGAUUUAUAAUAAUGUGGUCAUAACAUUAACCAAUACUGUUCAUUGUUCCAUAUGUAAACAUGUUUUUGUUACUGAAUUAUAUAACCCUGAUACUAUGUCAGAAAUUUCGUUAAUCUUGAGAAAAUAGAUUUUGCAGAUGUAUCAAUAAGUAACAAAGCAUAAUUAUCUUCCUGUGUGCAAUAAAUACUUUAUGUUCAUA